AUGGACUUUAAAUCGGCUGAGAUGACGCAAUGGAGCCCUCAAAUUCGAGAAAGGCAGAAGAAGCCCAGGCUGAAGCUACUGUUUUGUUGCUUAACGCUCCUGCUAUGGCUCUUUGUUUCGAUUGACUUUUCAAAUACAUUUCCACGGCUGUGGAAGGGACGCCUGCUAGCAGCUGAGGAGACACCGGAGAGUGCAACCUCGUUCCAAUGGUCCCAGAUCACACCCUCACAAGAGCUCGAGUAUCAUGAUUGCUAUGGUGGCUUCGAGUGCGCUCGACUUGAAGUCCCAAUGGAUUACAGCGCACCCAUCAAAGCCACCAAUCAGGUGGCUUUGGCAGUUGUCAGAAAGCCCGCCAAGGUCCCUGUCAGCGACCUUCACUAUGGAGGAGCGAUAUUGAUCAAUCCAGGUGGUCCAGGUGGCUCGGGAGUGGCUCAGGUGCUAGAUCAUGGUGCGCUGAUCCAGCAGGUCGUCGACGUCGAGCGAACGCCGAGCGAUGCCGAGGACUCCGGCAAAUAUUUUGAUAUCAUCAGUUUCGAUCCCCGAGGAAUCAAUCGCAGCACACCUACCAUCUCCUGUUUCCAGGAUAAUUUUGCUCGCCAGGUCUGGAAUUUACAAAGUGAGGCUGAGGGUCUCCUUGGCAGCUCUGACGGCUCCCUCAGACUUGGUUGGAGGAGGGCCAGGGCAUUGGCUGACGGUUGCACAAGUCGCAUUGAUAAUGAUAACAGUACAUCCUCUAUAUUAGAGCAUGUCAACACCACUCCCGUCGCGGCUGACAUGGUCGAGAUUAUCGAACGGCAUGGCCAGUGGAGAGAAAGUCAAGGCAGAAAGGCCCAAGAGGCUCUCAACAAGGCACAUAAAUGCCACGGUAACCGGGAUAUCAUAUCUCGUACGAAAUGGCGGCGAGGAAUGGAGAAGCUCCAAUACUGGGGUUUUUCUUAUGGAACACUCCUAGGCGCCACCUUCGCCUCUAUGUACCCUGAACGAGUGUCGAGAGUAGUUCUCGAUGGAGUAGUUUCCACAGAUGAUUACUAUAACGGACCAUGGCUCGGCAACCUGCAAGAUACAGACCGAAUACUUGAACGAAUCUUCGAAUACUGCGACCGAGCAGGCCCCGACGGCUGUCAGUUCUGGCGUCCUGGCGGUGGCAAAGCCAUUCAAGCUGCGUACGAGAAAUUGCUGCACGACAUCUGGGACGACCCGCUCUCCGUUGUUGGUAACGGACGGCGAGGUCCGGAAAUCAUCACCUGGUCCGACAUCAAGGAUAUCACCAAAAACGCGCUCUACCAGCCCAUGAUAUUUGGUCCAAUCAUGGUAGAGCUGCUGCAAGAUAUCACAAAUGGAACUGGUAGCCUGUUCGCAGACUACAAAGAGAAAGGACGUGUGCCCGCAUGCAGGUCGAAGCAAUGUAUCCUUGACGGACCGUUCUCUGAAGACUGCAUUUCGCCCAGCUGGAACGUGCUGGAAGCGACCUCCGCGGUCCUCUGUACGGAUGCCGAAGGCAUAGGAAGUUUCACCGAGGACGAGUUCCGCGAGUACUGGCAGACUUUAAAAGCACAGAGCUGGAGUCUGGGCGACUACUGGGCGGAGACACGCCUUGGCUGCGCUGGAUGGCAGAAACAUGCGAAAUGGCGGUUCUCCGGUCCCUUCUCGGCCAGCACCUCUCAUCCGAUUCUGUGGAUCGGGAAUACCCUCGAUACGGUCACGCCGCUGCGCAAUGCCCAACACAUGAAGACACUGUUUCCGGGCUCGGUGCUCCUGCAGCAGGAUUCCGAGGGUCACUGUUCUCCAACGGCGCCGAGUCUGUGCACGGCGAAAGCUGUCAGGAAGUAUUUCCAGACGGGCGAGCUGCCUCUUGCCGGGACUUUGUGUAAACCUGAUAUUAAACCGUUUGGGUUGCAGGUAGCGGAUGGCUUAAAGAGGCUGAAUGCGCAAGAUUCUGAGUUACUUGACGUCUUGAUGCAGAUUGCACGAACGAUACCUUUGCCUUGA